AUUGUGUUUAUUUUUACAGGCAGUGUAUCAAUAAAAGUUGUACAGUGUUCACGCGUCAUGGUUCCACAGAAACUACUAAUCGUUGGAAGCGGGAUCACUUCUGCGGUGUGCUGUUCGCUUAUUAGUCGUGACCCAAGCCUCUCGAAAGUAUUCGACCUUGUCGUAUGGGAAAAAGCCCGUGGGGCGGGUGGUAGAAUGUCUACGACGAGAAGCCCGAAAGAUCAGGACAAUGUAGCAGAUUUGGGGGCGCAGUUCAUCACAGUUUCUCCGGUAUAUGCCCAAAAGCACUCGAGCAUUUAUGAAGAACUACUGCAGUCCGGGAAACUGGAGAAAUUAAAGGGUCAUCUUGAGGGCAUGAAAAAUCUACCAGAAGGCACGAAACACUACGUAGCUCGUAAUGGAACUGGUUCACUUGUGAAGAAGUUCCUGCAAGAUGCUGAAAACGUUGCUAUCGAUUACAACACUCAUUUGUCUAAAUUGACGAUUGUUGACGGCCGUUGGCGCGCGACUACAUUGGACGGCCGUGAGGAAAUUUUCGAAAAUGUCUUGCUCACGAUGCCUGUGCCUCAGGCAUUACAGCUCCAAGGAGAUGUACAACAGACGUUGAAGGAGGCCGGAGUUCAUGGAAACUUAGACCAAGUCAAGUACAGCAGCCGCUAUGCCCUCGGAAUGUUCUUCAGUGAAGGCGUCAGUGUGCCCGAUUUUCCUUGGGUGGCCAAAUUCAUUUACGGGCAUCCUGUUUGGAGAUACGCGUCAUUCGAUAACCGAAAACGAAACCAAGAUGGUGGUCCCACUGCUGUAGUGCUUCACACUGACGUUGCUUUCGGAGAAAAGAAUGUGGAACGUUCUCCAGAAGAUUUGAAAGAAGAUCUGCUGUCUUCGGCGCGAGACUUGUUGCCAAAUUUGCCUGAGACUCAAGAUGUCAAGUGUCAGAAGUGGCGUUAUUCGCAGGUGGUGAAAAGUUACCCGGACUCGCCUGGUUUUGUUGUUGGCAGUACCGAACCGAUGUUGCUGCUCGCCGGCGAUGGAUUCACUCAUUCUCAUUUCGACGGUUGUGUCGAUUCUGCUACCAAAGUCGUUGAAUUUUUGAAAUCCAAGUUUUGUUGAGGUGCUUUGGGGAAAAAGUUCGUAGCAUCCGCAGUAUUGCGACUUCUGUGCAUGGUAAUUGCAUUCUGUCGCUGCCAGGGUUUCGAGCUUUGUGGGUCUAAUGGAGGAGAAAAUCGCUUUACUGUAUUGUAGUUUUGUGCGAAAUAAAAUAUUUCUUGAGUGCC